AUGACUGCAAAAGUGGAUUUCGAUGCGCAAAUUACAAAUGUUUGCUUCAUGAAAGAUACUCAGCUCGCUGCAACCACACUGAGCAACGGAACGUUCGAAAUACUACAUAUGGAUGGAUUGCAGAAGAAAGGCAGAUUUUCAUCGAUUGAGGACACCGUGAACACCUACGGAACGGAGACAGGGAUUAUAUCAAUUGGGGAGAGGAGUGGAAUCAACGUUGUGGAUGUAUUCGAAGCGAAAAGUCAAACUCACAAGUACAAGUUACCACCGAGUUUCUUUGUGAAAGAUUCCGCUGGAUUUUCGAAUUACCGUACAUUCUGUCUGUUGGUUCUCGAUGAAAAUGAUGACACGUCUGCUGUUCGUCUUUUCGAUCUCCGAACUUCUAUGAAACAAUCGACAAUAAUCAAGAGUUCCGAUGAGACAAUCAACUCGAUAAAAAUGACGAAGAAAGAUGAAACGUUCGCAUUAUGCACGAAGAACGGAAUAAUCCGAAUUUAUGAUGUCAGAAACUCGUCACAACCUAUUGAUGUCGCUAAGGUCGAGGACAACUUGAAUCACAUGAGUCUCGUAAACAAUAAGUUGAUUUGUUCUUCAACUACAUCUCACUUCGUAUUCAGUGUUCAGAAUGGAAUCACUUUUGAACAACGCAUUCUCACUCAACGAAAAAAAUGGAUAUACGGUUUCUUGCCAGGAACCACCGUUUGUCCAUUGUAUGCGGUGAAUGGAAGUGAAAAAUCGUCCUACGUUUACUUCACUGCAGUCGACCAACUGACCGCAAAAAAGCCAAUUGACACUUUGGUUUACAAAGCCGAAAAGCCGGUCGUCGCAGCAAAUUCAUCCGAAUACUUUCUAGCAGGUUCUGGCGGCAACUUGUGCCAGCAACUUUGUGAUUUUGAGCUGGAUCUGAGACAAGAAUAUCGAAAACUGAAGGACAUCAACCGGAAGCACAGAAAGAACUCAGCAACCGAUUUUCAAGAACAAACAAGGAAGAGAUAUGAACAGAAAGGAAUCGAGGAAGGUGAUCGAGGAAUCAUCGACAAUGAUGUCAAACUAGAUGAUAUUGUAAUCAAAGAAGAAAUCGGUUCCGGAACAUUCGGACAAGUUAGAGUCUGCGAGUCAAAAAAGACCGGACAACUGUUUGCCGUAAAGAUACUGCCAAACACAAAGGCGAUCAUCGCCGAGAAGCAUUUGUUGGAGAGAGAAAUCGCGAUUCAAGUGAAAUUGUUGCAUGAAAAUGUUGUUCAGUUAAUCACCAGCUUGGACACGCCAUCGAACUUAUACAUAAUCUUCGAGCUCAUGGAAUGUUCACUCCGGGAAAAAAUGGAGCAAGUUGAGGUUUUCAACGAAAUGACGACGUUCCUUAUAAUGGCUGACCUGUCAUGCGGAUUGGAUUUCUGUCACACGGAAAACGUAAUUCAUCGGGAUAUAAAGCCAGAAAACUGCCUUUAUGGAUCGGACGGAUUAUGGAAGCUUGGCGAUUUUGGUCUCUCAAUUUCGACAAAAGGGAUGACAAAAGUUGGCACGGAGAGUUACCAGCCACCUGAGAUUCUUGACGGCAAGACCCAUUCAUUUCCAGUUGAUAUCUGGUCUCUUGGAUGUGUCUUCUAUGAGUGCUUAGAAGCGCAAAGUCCGUUUCCACAGUGCUCUACAAAGGCGAUGAUCGAUGCUAUCAUGUCAGGGAAUCUUCGCCGUACUACUUACAUGUCUGAAGAAUCUCUAAUGUUUGCUAAAGAGAUGUUGACUGUGGAUCCCAAAAAGCGUUUGUCUGCCAUGGCGGUGUCUCGACAUCCCUGGAUGAAAAAGCAACGAAAAGAGAUCGUGGCCAUCAAGCGCAGCAAACUCCGGAACAUGCUGUAG